AUGAUCUUGUCUGCAAAACAUGCGUGGAAGGAGCUUCGCCAUGACCAGAAGUGGUGUGAUCUAUCUGCAGAAAGAUCAUCAAAAAGGAGAAAAGGAGAGGACGGUCCUCAGUCCUCAACAGCUCACGCAAAUGAGGAUGUGGCUGGUGAAACGGUUGAGCGGCCCCCUGGUGUUAAGGCUGCCAAGCGCAGUGGUAAGAAGCCAAUGGAAGAGGGGAAGGGGCGAGAGGAGUUUGACCGGGUUUGGGCGUAUAAGCAGCAGGAUUUGUCUAGGAGAGAAAAGCUCUCCAAGAUAGGUCUACUUGACCGUCUACUUGCUAGAACAGAGCCACUCCCUGACUAUGAAGAAACGCUAAAGAAGAAACUCAUCAAUGAGUUGUUCUCCACAAUGAGAAUGUUCUUGAGCAAUGGGAGUGGAAUAAUCAGAGGCGAAGAAGCUCUAUUAUGCUUGUGUCACGGGAGCAAUGGGAGUGGAGAUAGUCUAGUCAUGUCUUUUGUACUCUAG